AAAAACAAUCAUCAUUAAGCAAAGACCAUAAAUUUUUAAUCCUAUCAUGUCUUUAAAAAAAAAAAGAAAAAGAAGCCAUUUGGACUUAUUAUCUCCUCCUAUUAUACACAAGCACAUACAUGGGACCAGCAAUGCGUGUGGUGUUGAUUGAAGGAGAGCAUGGUUGUUGAUGCUGAUUAGUAGAAGCAUGUGAUUCACGGUUCCAGCAAAAGUGCCUCUCCUUGUUAUAAUUGAGCACUGACACGUCAAGCACUGUGAACAUUGGCUUAUAUGGUUUUUGUAUCAAUACUGACUCACACAAGAAUAUUUAUUACCGCAAUGGCUUUUAUAUGCGUCUCAGAUUCACAGCACCUACUCAUUCAGUUCUUGUGAUACAAAGUAGGUGGUAGCUAAAAGGGUUAAGCAAAGCAGUGAGGCAAGGAAUGGAUUUCAACCCAAGUUGCAAGGACAAGAAGAAAACAAUAGACCAAUCUGUGUUACUGUGCUGCAAGCUAUUUAUCUCUGAAUCACGUAACCAUGCUGCCCUUGAUGCUAUUGAACAAGCCGCAAGGUUUAACCCAGAAACUGUCAUCGUGAACAAAUUUGAGGACCGAGCGUAUAAUAGGGUUCGGUACACUCUUGUAUCAUAUGUUGUUCAAGAUACCACAAGGAGUGCCAUUUAUAGUCCAUUGCAACAAGCUAUCCUAGCCAUGGUUGAAGCUGCAUUUGGAGCCAUUAACCUUGAGUUGCACACUGGGACUCACCCCCGGCUCGGUGUUGUAGAUGACAUUCUCUUCCAUCCACUGGCUCAGGCAUCACUAGAUGAAGCAGCUUGGCUUGCAAAAUCAGUGGCAGCAGACAUUGCCAAUCGAUUCCAAGUGCCAGUGUUUCUGUAUGCUGCAGCACAUCCAAUAGGCAAGGCUCUAGACACCAUUAGGCGUGAACUUGGAUAUUACCGACCUAACUUUAUGGGCAACCAAUGGGCAGGAUGGACCAUGCCCGAUAUGCUUUUGGAGAAGCCCGAUGAAGGUCCGUCCGAGGUCUCUCGAGCAAGAGGCAUCACAAUGAUUGGAGCACGUCCAUGGGUUGCAUUGUACAACAUACCCAUCUUGUCCACAGAUUUCUCAGUGGCUCGAAGAAUUGCAAGGAUGGUGAGUGCUCGAGGAGGUGGGCUUCCCACGGUGCAGACAUUAGGCUUGGUUCAUGGAGAGGAUUCAACCGAGAUUGCCUGCAUGCUCUUGGAGCCAAAUCAAAUUGGUGCAGAUAGGGUCCAAAACCAGGUUGAGAUGCUAGCAGCUGAAGAAGGGGUGGAAGUGGAGAAGGGCUAUUUUACUGAUUUUUCACCAGAGAUGAUUAUUGAAAAAUACAUGAAUUUAACCUCUGCUCAAAGAGACUAAUCAAAGAGUAUUGAACACAGCUUAGUCAUAUCUACAAAGUUUCAAUUUGCCAAAAUGUCCUAAAAAACAUUGUAACGGAAACCACCAGCUUCAUUAAUAUACUAUUUGCCACCAAAAUGGUAAAAAUGGAGAAAAUCUGAAAUAAAAGUCGGAUUUCCAAAACUUA